UCAUAAUUUGGCAACAUUUCAUCCCGAUGUAUGGUGAUUGGUGUGUGCUUCGUUAAAACUAUAUGCCGGUUCAAGUUUCCAUCUUUAGUUUAAUUUUCAGCUAGGUUUAAGUUAUUUUCAAUAAAGUGAAGCACAAUGCAUAGGGAUACUACCUUUUCACUCAUACAAAUUCUAGAAAAAACCAUAUCUCCAGAUCGAAAUGAAUUGGAAUCUGCCGAAAAAUACCUUAACCAUGCUGCUGUUACCAACUUUACAACAUUUGUCAAAAUGCUAUCAGAUGUCCUGGUUCAAGGUGGAAACAGCCAGGUGGCUCGAAUGGCCGCUGGGCUACAGCUUAAAAAUCACCUAACAUCUAAGGAUCCUGCAAUGAAACUUCAAUACCAACAAAAAUGGCUAGCAUUGCCUGAAGAUGUUAGAAUUUAUAUAAAGAAAAAUAUAUUGUCGGCAAUGGGCACAGAAAAUAGUCGACCAAGUUCAGCAGCUCAGUGUGUUGCAUAUGUAGCAGUGGCUGAAUUACCUGCAGGACAGUGGAAUGACCUCAUUCCUUUUCUUGUGGAUAAUGUUGUAAAUGUUGAAUCUACAGAAAUGAAGAAGGAAGCUACUUUAGAAGCUAUUGGUUACAUAUGUCAAGAGAUAGAUGCUGAAGUACUAACAGAACAAAGCAACCCAAUACUAACGGCUAUAAUACACGGAAUGAGAUCAACUGAGCCUAGUAAUCAUGUCCGCUUAGCAGCAACACAAGCUCUUCUAAAUUCCUUAGAGUUUACAAAAGCUAAUUUUGAUAAAGAAAAUGAACGUAACUUUAUAAUGGAAGUAGUCUGUGAAGCAACACAGUCUUGUGACAUGAGAAUAAAUGUAGCUGCUCUUCAAUGUUUAGUAAAAAUAUUAUCGCUUUACUACCAAUACAUGGAGCCUUAUAUGGGUCAAGCACUGUUUCCUAUAACAUUAGAAGCUAUGAAGUCGGAUAUUGAUGAAAUAUCAUUACAAGGUAUUGAAUUUUGGUCCAAUGUGAGUGAUGAAGAAAUAGAUCUUUCAAUAGAAGAAGCUGAAGCUGGUGAUGCUGGUCGCCCACCCACACGUACAUCAAGAUUCUAUGCAAGAGGGGCAUUACAGUACAUAGUUCCAGUUUUAAUGCAAAAGCUAACUAAACAAGAUGACACUGAUGAUGAACUUGAAUGGAAUCCAUCAAAAGCAGCUUCUGUUUGCUUAAUGCUACUUUCAAAUUGUUGUGAAGAUGAGAUUGUUCCUCAUGUUUUACCCUUCAUACAGGGUAAUAUUAAAAGUGAUAACUGGAGGUACAGAGAAGCCGCGCUCAUGGCUUUUGGAUCGAUACUGGGUGGCCUUGAAGCAACUACCUUGAAGCCCAUGGUUGAAAAUGCAAUGCCAACUCUGAUUGAAGCUAUGUAUGACAGCAGUGUAGCUGUUAGAGAUACAGCAGCUUGGACAUUUGGCAGAAUUUGUGAUAUGGUUCCAGAAGCUGCAAUCAAUGAAAAUUAUCUAAAACCUCUUCUUGAAAGUCUAGUCAAUGGACUGAAGGCAGAACCUCGUGUUGCAGCUAAUGUAUGUUGGGCUUUUACAGGUUUAGCUGAAGCAGCAUAUGAAGCUGCGGAAUGUGGUGAAUCAGGUCAGCCCACCACAUAUUGUAUGUCAACCUUUUUUGAUUUCAUCAUUCACAGACUGCUAGAAACAACAGAUCGUCAAGAUGCAGCACAGCAUAACUUGAGGUCUGCAGCUUACGAAGCCCUCAUGGAAAUGGUUAAAAAUUCACCCACAGACUGUUAUGUGACUGUCCAGAAAACUACUAUGGUUAUAUUAGAAAGACUACAACAAGUUUUACAAAUGGAGAAUCACAUAUCGAGUCAAGCAGAUCGUUCACAGUUCAAUGAUUUACAGAGUCUAUUAUGUGCUACCCUUCAAUCUGUUCUUCGUAAAGUAACACCUGAAGAUGCACCUCAAAUUUCUGAUGCUAUUAUGACAGCCCUUUUAACAAUGUUUGCUGGCAAUGCGGGUAAAGCAGGAGGUGUUCAAGAAGAUGCCCUGAUGGCUGUUUCAACAUUGGUUGAAGUCUUGGGUGAAGGUUUUCUGAAAUAUAUGCCUGCAUUCAAGCAAUAUCUUUAUGUUGGAUUGAAAAAUCAUCAAGAAUAUCAAGUUUGUAUUGCUGCAGUUGGUGUCACUGGAGAUAUUUGCAGAUCACUCAAGAGCAAGGUUCUUCCCUAUUGUGAUGAAAUUAUUUGCUUACUACUUGAAAAUCUUAGCGACCCAUCCAUUCACUGUUCUGUAAAGCCACAAAUAUUAUCCGUCUUUGGUGAUAUAGCAAUAAGUAUUGGCCCUGAUUUCAAAAAAUACUUUGAUGUCGUCAUGCAAAUGUUACUGCAGGCCAGUAACAUCCAAUUUGCUGGACAUGAUUAUGACAUGCUAGAGUAUUAUUGUGAACUCAGAGAAAGCAUACUUGAGGCUUAUACAGGAAUCAUUCAAGGCUUCAAAGGAGCUGGUGGCGAAGUGCGACCCGAUGUGAGUCUAGUGGAGCCCCAUGUUCCUGCCAUUGUGAACUUCAUGGUGCUGGUGGCAAACGGGCCCGAGCGGACUGACGGGCACAUCUCUGUGAUCGCUGGGCUCACUGGCGACCUGUGCACUGUGUUUGGACACCGCGUGCUGCCCCUCCUGGAGACUAAGCCGAUCCUGGACUUACUGCAAGUGGCGCGGCGAUCACGCACGCCCCGUACAAAGACACUUGCCAAUUGGGCGGCCAAGGAGAUACGAAAGUUGAAACAAACUCCACUCGCCAGCUGAUUUCACCAGCCUGCGGCAAUAGUUAUGUAACCAAGUUACAAACAAGCUACCCUAUAGAAUGUGUUAAUUGGGAGGUCAUAUCAUAUUUAUUCUGUAGCGUUAGGUGCACCCAAACAUGCUGUAACAUUGUUUCAGUGUAUCAAAAUAAGGGUUAGAUUGCCUUCUCAUGAAUUUCUUAAUCACCAAUUAAUGUUAUGGACGUAUGAAAUUUGUUUUCACAACGACUAGUACACUAACACCACACCUAACGCUGCAUAUUAGUUAAAUAGCCUCACCGUUAUAUUUCCAUUUAUAAAAGUAAUAUCAAUACAUUUCCUAUUUGGUAUUAUAGAUACAGAGACAGUGGCUGUGGUAUCUCUACUUAUGACGAAAGUGAGAUUGUAUGAGAGGUGACGUAUGUUAUUAUAGGCAUGCACACGUGCAAGGUGAUUGUGAAUUUUUAUAAAUUAUUGUUAAUUUUUGUAAGGGGCACGGAAGGAUGUGUGAAUGUGUUGCGUGUGUGGGACGUAUGCGAAUGAAUAUCAAAGAUAUUUUGUUAAAGGUAAGAGAGUGUCAAUUUAAGGAACGGUCGGUGUUUAGAUUCCGUCAACGUGUACGAGGUCUAAGGAUGCCAUAAUGGUGCUAACUACUUUUUAUUCGUCAUGAUCAAUUUAAGUUGAGAUAUCAAUGCAGUGGUUUUCUUUAAAAUGUUUCACUGGGUGAGGUGAAAGAGCGUAGUAUUGAACCGUACAGAAAUUUGCUUAAAAAGAUACUGCUCUUUCAAAUUGGAAGUCAUUCUCUGAUUCAGCAGCACAUAAACUGAAAAAAAUCCACUGUUUAUUAAAUUGAUAAACAGUUUUUAUAUUUCUAUAUAUCAAGUUGUUACUUUCCAUUUCAAUGUAUAAAUUAAGACUGCAAUUAACUAUGGUCCACUAAUCGACUUCGUUUUAUUUAAUUAAUCAUGCAAUUUCUUAUUACAUAUUUUCUUAACUUUUUUUUUCUUUCUUGACACUUUGCUCAAUUCUUGUUGUGCUGAAUAAAAAGAUGAAAAAAUUCCUUUUGAUCUCGACCUCACAUUAUUGUACAUAUAAAUAAAUGUUAGAGACCACUUGGUUCCGUUACCGUGUAAUUGUUUGAAAUCAAAUUAAUUUGGCCCCAAAUAGACAAACCUAUGGUCUAUGGUCUACUAUAUCACAUUAUUUUUGUUUGUUAGUACUGAUACCGAACAGCAAAGUUAUGGUCUUUCUCAUCCAGCCAAUCGCGUUUGUGAAAUAUUUUAUUUUUAUUAUCUAGUAACAAAAAAUCAGUGCCUUGAUGCGUAUCAGAUAUCGAAUUUGUACAGUUCUAAGAGUUUGACCGUAUUGUCUGUUUACUGAAAAUAGUCGAAUCGCUUUAGCGAGCCCCGGUAAUUUACAAUCUAAAGGUUCGUAAAUUAUUAUUUUUUAAAGUUGACUGUAAUUUUAAUGUAUUUUUGUGUUAUAAUAUGUAGUGUGUCUGCUAGUCUGGUCUGUGAGCAUCACUGACAGGGAUGAUGAUUGCGUGAUUUAUGUAAGAAGUUGUUGAUAUGUGUGGUGUCACUGAAGAGGCGUGGAUAAUGGAUUCGAUAUUCUAAUUAUUUCUCCGCAAAUAUUGUGAAAUGUUAUUUUUUAAAUUAUACCCCAAUCGAGCCAGUGUUAAGUUGAAAUGUGUCUAUAGAUUGAUUUUACAAUGAUCUUUAUGAAAUAUCUUCAGUGUCAAAGUGUAUAAUAGUAUUUUGUAUAAUAAGGAUGAUAGGCGAUUUUGAAAGGACUAGGUGCCAUGCCAUGAAAGGUUCUGAAUUAGAAUCAUAGGCAUUGAGUCUUUAAAAUACCACCCCACUUACAACUAAAUAAAUACUGAAAAAUAUUUUGUUACAUCAUUUAUUUCAUAUUUUGUUUUCAAACUACUGUCCUGUAAAUGGUCUACUCUAAAUAAAGCAUUUUAAGUUAUUGA